CAAAGCAUGCGCUUGAACUCGGGACAAACACGUCUGUGCUUUGCGUAAAGAAAUAAAUAAGGUAGUGAUCAGGUGCAAUUAACAGAUCGGCAAGAAGUGCGGCGAGAAGCAGUAUUAUUCGAUCAACUAUUGUGAAAAACCUGACAGUCAAAAGUCAUCGAAAAAAAAAAUGAGAUCAUAAAACGAUUAACAGUUAUAGUUCUGUUUCGUCCUUCCGCAUCAAUCACGGCGAACAUGGAUGAGAAUUUAAGCCGGGGCUAUGUACAAUUAGGGAAAGCAAGAGGCAUGAAUGAAUUCAAAUUCUCUAAUGGAUUCACUCAUUUGUCACCACCGAUUGACAAAUCCAACUUCAUCUACUUUGCUCUUACACUUGGCGGUAUAGGAUUCCUCUUGCCUUACAACAGUUUUAUCAUAGCAGUGGAUUAUUUUCAAGCAAGAUAUCCUGGAACUACUGUAAUAUUCGAUAUGUCAGGUGUCUACAUUAUUAUGGCUUUUUUCGCGGUAUUUGCAAAUAAUAUUUUAGUCGAAACAUUGUCGUUGAACACACGAAUAACAUUUGGAUAUCUGGUUUCCUUUGUAACUUUAACUUUCGUUAUAAUUUGCGAAGUUUGGUGGGAACCUUUUGGAGUUAGCACUUCUUAUACUAUUAACUUAGUUGCUGUUGCGGUAACAUCACUUGGUUGCACAGUUCAACAAUCAAGCUUUUACGGGUACACGUCUAUGCUUCCUAGCCAGUAUACGCAGGCGGUAAUGACUGGAGAAAGUCUUGCUAGUCUUUGGGUUUCUGUCAAUCGGCUUUUAACAAAGUCCCUGCUCGACGAUGAGCGCAGCAAUACAUGCGUAUAUUUUGUUCUAUCAAAUAUUACUAUUCUUAUGUGCUUUGUGUUGCAUCAAAUAGUCCGAAAGACUGAUUUCGUGCAAUUUUAUAUAACAUUAUGCCAAGAAAGAAAUCGAAUUACACUGGAACCAACUGAAGAUGUUGGUUUGAUGGAUCCAUUGGAUCAAGUUGGUGAUCCUUCGAAAGGUCAAUAUGGAGUUUUAAAAAUUCAAACUAGUCCAUUAGGGGCUGAUGCUGCAAAUGGAAGCACUGAUUUAAAUGGGACAAAUCAAUAUUCAGCAUUUUCAUUUAGUAACCCUGUGUAUGAACCUGGUGCGCCAUCAGGAAAUCCUCCUGGUAGCACUGGUCCUACAUAUAAAGUUGAAGAUGUAGUUGUUAUGAGAGGAUCAUAUGGAACUCAAACUAACAAACCAUGGACUGAAAUUAAAAGGGGUUUACUUGCAAGACUUGAAGUGGCAAAAAUAAUAUUCCCGUACAUGGCCAGUAUUGGAAUAGCAUAUUUUGUGACGCUCUGCUUGUAUCCUGGAAUCAUGUCAGAAAUAAUCUCUUGUAAACUUAAAUCAUGGAUGCCAGUAAUCCUGAUGACAGCAUUUAAUGCUUCUGAUGUACUGGGAAAGAUGCUUGCAUUGAUUCCUUACGAAUGGAAACGUACACAGUUAUUAUAUUUCGCAAGUGCUAGAGCCAUAUUAAUUCCUUUAUUUUUACUUUGCGCAUUGCCAAGAGGUGCUGCAAUUCUCUCUGGUGAAGGUUAUCCAUUACUAUUUGCUUGUUUACUUGGCGUUACAAAUGGUAUCGUUGGUUCAGUACCAAUGAUGCAGGCACCAACUAAAGUUCCAGAGAGUCAUCGCGAAUUAGCUGGUAAUAUUAUGACUUUGUCGUAUACUACAGGUUUAACAGUUGGCUCAUUAUUAGCAUAUAUGAUGGACACUUGUUUUGGACUAUCAUCAGUUCAUGCAAAAGAUGUAUGUUACAAGGUAUUAAAAUUAUCUGUUAUGCCGGAUAAUGGUACCACCUCAAGUAUUUUAGUAAAUACUGUGUCUUCCACCUUACCCAUGUUAGAAACUGUCACACCAAAGAUAAAUACUACCGUCAGUGUUUUAUCAACUAUUUUAAAUUCCACUAUAUUCUCUAACAGUACUAUCAGUACAUUAACUACUAGUAUGACAGAUGCAUCUACAACUGUAUCCUCGAAAAUUUUUGGUAAUGUUACAGCCUCAGUUAAUAGUGCAAUCUUGCAACACUAGGAUACACAAGUUUAUGUGCUGUGUUGAAUCUGGUGUUACUUGAAUAAAAUUAUACAACAGUUUUGUUUAUUAGUUAUCCAUUACUUAUUUUUAUUUUGCAAAUUAUCGUAAAAUAUCGCCAGACUGAGCACACACACAAAGACUAAAAUUCUCCAUUAAUAUAUGAUUCCAUAAAUGAUAGUGAUUUUACUUAAACUUUAAGCAAAACGGUGAUCGAUGCGCAGAAGGUAUUUUUGACCAGAAAUGAACAGGAGUCAAUAAAUAAGUAAAAAUAGAGCACUAUUAUACGAUUUUAAUUGAAAUUUUAGUUCAACAAAAUUUGUUCUAGAUAUGUUUUUAAAUCUACAUUAUAUUUUAUUCUCUUAAAAGAUAUUGUGCCUUUCAUGCUAUUGUGAAUAAUUUCAUAUUCCACGCUUAUCAAACUUCCUUGUUAAAUAUGAAAAAAAAUUUCAAAUAACUAUACAAUAUGUUGCACGAAGAUAAAAAAGUAAUCUUUAAAUAAUGUGACGAUAAAUAAUUUCAGUAUGGCAAAGUUUUCUAAUAAUUCUGCCUAAUAUGAGAAAGGGAUUAGAGACUGUUGACAUUGAAUUUGAUCUCCUAUAAUUUGUUAGGACUUGAUUAAUUUUUUAAUAGGAACCUAUUGUGUUAAGUUUUUUUGGGACUGUCUGGAAUGACUAAUAUAAAAAAAAAACGAUUGUAUCCAAUGAAUAUGGAAUCAGAGUCCUUCCAGUUGUUAGAUUGAUGGUUGAAACAUAGUAAAUUUAUGCGAUAAAGUUAUUGCGCAGAUAUAUUCUGUAAGAAAUUGUUAUAUGAGUCUGCGUGGAUAGUUGAUAUUAUGAACUUAAAAUACGUAUACUCAUGGUAUACUUCCAUAUUUUAAAAAAAUGGAGCAUGUGUUUCUUUCAAGAGCGUAAUUUUAAUCUAUGUUAUAUCUCAGAACAUAUGCACAAUUGUAUGGAAAACUAUAAUCAAAUUUUCAAUCUUUAUAGUAAUUAAAUUUACACGAUAGAUAAAUGCGAAACUUGAAACCCAUAUUCACGUAUUGUGAUAGAAGUUAUAUACGUAACUAAAAAAAGGGUAGAUUCCUUAAAUUUUUUCUGUUAACAAGUUAAAUCACAUAAAUGAAGCUCAUCCAAGCUCGUGAAUUAAAUGGACUUAACUGACGGAUCGCACGUAUGCGAAUACAUACUCGGAAGCAUUUUUACGAACAUAUUCCGAUGGAUUACUUCAAAUAUAAAAUUAUAUUUUAAUGGAUAAAUGUAUAUGUGUAAUAUUCACCAAUGUACCACCCAUCCAAGCAGCUUACAGAUGUAAUUCGUAUAUUUAAAGUAUACUUAGAGAUCAUUUAGAUGAAAUGCAUACGCGAUAACUGCAUAGAUUUCUUCACUAAACAAGCGUUUAUAAGUUGGGAAAAUAACGUAAGAUUAAUAUCAUAAACACUUCGAUCGGAUCAUUGAUUAAAUAUCACACUUUUAUCUUGUACGGUGAUUUGUUUUAUACAAUAUUUCUAAGAUGCACAAAUAUCAGAAACCCUUUUAAAUAAACAGCAUAUGGAUUAGGGUUGAUCCUUAAGAUAUGAAGGUGGAUGAACUAUUAGAUAUCUUACUUUUUACAUAUCAUCGUUAAAAGAUUUUUAAAUUUUUGAGCAAAUUUAAGAAGAUAAAUAUUUAGGAACAGGGAUAUAUGUGUGUACAAAUUCUUGUGCGUGAAGAUAAUUUUCAAAAAAAAAA